CACACUCUCACACACACACACACACUCAUUCUCUCUGUGGCAUUAUUCUGAGUCAGCCCGUGGCGAGGUCUGUGGUUUGUUGUUUGUCAUGCAGCCAGCUGUAUGGGGCAGUCGUAGUAGUAGCAGCCGUCAGUGACUGAUCUCCUCUUCAUGGCCUGUCGUCCCCCCGGCUGUGGCUCCUACACUGUGGUUAUCAUCCCACUCAGGACCAGCCUCUACAGCCUGGAUGCACUUCGCUUCUUCCUAUGGGUUAGGCGUCUGAGGGAGCUAGAGAAAGAGAAGGACGCUCUGUGCUCCGGUCUGGAGGUCCUGGAGAAGGCCCGUCUCUGGUACCUCCAGCGGCUGGAGGAGAACAGAGCGAGGCAGGAAAACAUCGAAAUCAAGACGGGGCUCAGUUGCCAGGAAGGUGCAGCAGAGGCUCAGUCUUGCCUCCUCAGGUCUCGCAUUCAGCGGGUGAACGGCUCCCUGGGUUCCGUGAUGAGUGAACCCAAUGUCACCAGCCGCAGCAACCCCUCUCUGCCUGACGCGGUGGCAGACAGCGACCUCCGGUGGCACAACACAGUACUGACUCAGGAGGUGUGUAACAAGAAUCAUCAGAUCUCCAUAUUAGAAUGGGAAAAGGACGCGCUCCUCGAACAGCUCGAUGAGCUGCAGGCCCACUGAUGGCACACACACACAUGAGCUGUAAUGCAAAUUUACAUUGACCUUUGGGUAACACAGUUGCUAACUUUAAACCACUUGUAAAUAUGUAUUUAAGUGAAUAAAUUAAAGAUGCAACAUUA